AUGCUGCGGCUUUCAAACUUCCGUUUCCCGGCUUUCCAAGCUCGCAAUUUCACGGCCUGUUCUGCGAUGCGCUCCGGACACAACAAGUGGUCGACGAUCAAGCACGACAAAGCCAAGAACGACGCUGAGCGCAACAAGUUGUUCAACAAAUUUGCCAACCAGAUCGCACUGGCGGUGAAGCUGGGCGGUGGCUCGACAGACCCGGCUCUGAACGUACGUCUGGCAGCGGCAAUUGAGGGCGCCACCAAAAACAACGUCACCAAGCGCGUUAUUGAAAACGCUAUUCGCAAGGGAUCUGGGGCCACGGGCAAGGACGGGAACCGUUCUGAGGCCUGUACUUACGAGGGGAUGGGCCCUGGCGGCGUUGCUUUCGUCGUCGAGGCGCUCACGGACAACAAAAACAGAACCAUCGGACUGGUUAGAAGCACAUUCACCAAGGUCAACGGGAGCAUGACGCCCACGUUGUAUUUUUUCGACCGCAAGGGCAGUGUUCUGGUGCAGCCUCCGGCAACGCUCGUGGACUUCGACGCCGUGAUGGAAAAAGUGCUCGAGCUGGAAGGAGUCGAAGAUCUCGAGACUAUGGCGCCAGAAGAGCCCACUUACGAGGCGCUGAAGCCCGACUACGGUUCUACCGUCUACGAAGUGAGCUCCGACCCAGCUCUCGCGAACCACGUGGCCUCGAGUCUGAAAGACCUGGAUUUCUACGUCCACGACGUCAACAUCGGGUACCAGCCCAAGAGUGACAUGCUUGUGGAGGUGGCCAACGACGAGACUCGCUCCAAAAUCGACAAGUUUAUGGGCCAGUUGGACGAGAUCGAUGAUGUGACCGAUUUCUACUGCAACUUGAAAAUCUGA